AUGGCCCUGGGAUGUGCUAGGAGUCCUCGGAGACUGUUAAGUAUGCUUAUUGUUGGCUUGACAGGUGGUAUUGCGACCGGUAAAUCGACUGUAUCAGACAUAUUAAAGGAGAAGAAUGUUGCUGUUAUUGAUGCCGAUGCAAUAUCAAGAGAUCUUGUUGACCACGAUAGACAAGUACAGAGAGGUAUCCUCAAGGCUUUUGGACCUGCAGUUUUUAAUGAGGACGGAACUCGUGUGGAAAGAGAUAAGCUAGGGGAAAUCGUUUUCGCUGACCCUGAAAAACGGAAGGCUCUCAAUAGGAUCGUGCACCCUGUUGUGUUCAGACGUAUUGCUGUUCAGAUUCUACGCAAUUUCUUCUCAGGACAGGCCAUUGUCAUUCUUGAUAUACCAUUGCUGUUUGAAACUCGAACAAUGUUGUGGUUUAUAUCGGAUAUAAUCGUCGUUUCUUGCUCCCCCGAAGUUCAACUUUCCCGUCUCCUGAAGCGCAAUCCUGAUCUCUCUCGCGACGCUGCGCUUGCCAGAAUUGCUGCGCAGAUGCCCCUAGCAAACAAAGUUGCACGUGCUACCAUCGUAGUAGACAACGAGGCAGAUGGAAACUUUGCCAGUCUGGCUGAACAAAUUGAUACCUGUUUGGAGAUGUUGCAACGAAAAGCAGUUGGACGCUUUCGGCUGAUGGUGGCACUGUGUACUUGCGCUUUGGUUGGACUUGCUUCAGUAACAGAGCUGUCAGAUGUAGAACUGCAUGAACUUCGCAAAACUGAUGCCUGGCUCCCCUCAGAGGCGACACGUCAGUGCCUGCUGGGGAGUGGUAACUGCGGUUUAGCGUCUACCACUCCACGCCUUCUUGCUCCACCUUCCCCGAUCGAUACAGCCGAUCCGAUUCGCCGAUUACUUGUCAAUCGGUACCGAUCUGAUGCGCGUGCUGAUAAUAUUCGUCCCAUUAUUACCGCUGAUUUGGUUUCACAGGACUGUGAUGGUCUCGUUGAGCUUAUCAAGGGUCGAUGGUAUAAUGCCGCCUUGGAUUUAACAGGUCGUCUUCUAAAUAUUUGUGGUUUCGCCUCUGAUACUGGGGCCACGUUGACUCCAUUUUCAUCUCAACUCUGGCUGGUGCGUUUUGUGCUUUUGAAACAGACCCAACAAUUUGACCUGUUGGAGCGCGAAUUGGCAGCCUUUGAUAGGCUGGACAAUCCUGACAUCUACUUCGAACAUGCACCUAACCUUUAUCCCCGUCGUAAAGGCUCAAUGAUCCCCUUCUCGAUGCGACUACUUCACGCAGAAUUACCGCAUUAUUUGAAUCGAUCAGGAGAGGCUCUUGAUCGUCUCUACUUCCUCGCUGCCGUCGUAGCUCGAAUUGGAGAUGUUGAUUCAGCCGAGGAAAUGUUCAAAGAGGCCUUGAAAGAUGCUCCUUCGGACCUGAUUUCGACAAGGAUUCAAUGGCUCAUGUAUAGCGCUAUGCUUCAGAUCGGCAACGGCCAUUUCGAUGCAGCUAAAAGGCUAUUUCGUGAGGUGUUGGAAUUGGAUCCAUCAAAUGUUGCAGCCGCCAACAACCAGGCUGUGUGUUCUCACUAUAUUGGUCAGAUGGACGAGAGUCUGCGUAUUCUAGAAACCCUGACGACACCGACGCAAUAUCAGCUAAAAAACCAGCCAGAUCUGGCGGCAGGCGGAAAGCCGCCACAGUCAUUGGUGGAGGGACCGGUGCUACACGAAGCUAUAGUAUCGAAUCUGUCGACUCUCCUUGAUGCUGAAUCGGACCUGGCGACCACCCGCAAAAUGAGCCUUCUUGAACGCGUUGCUAUGGUGUCAGGUGAUCGCGUCCCUCCAAGCGCGUUUAAGCUUAAAUUUGUUUAA